AUCCAAACGACCAAUAGUAUAUUCCUUCAUAUUCCCGCCUAUAUUUCUUACCCUAUCAAUGUGCCCAUGAAUCUAGUAACACCCACCUUUUUAAACCUCGAUUUUUCAAAUAUUUAGUCAUCAACGGUCCUGAUUUCAUAUGGGUGCAAUACACUACAUCAAAUCUACACCAGAAACUACUAAACUAAGAAAAAACGCGUAUUUUCUAGACCUAAAAAAGGGGAUGAGUCUUUCAUGGCCUAUCAAUUCCCAUACAAAUACGCAUCAAUUUGUAAUAUUCCAUUGGUAUCAUUUUUUGGGUUUUAUUGAUUUCAUUGUUUAAUUAAACCUAUAAAUACCCCCACUAAACUUCUAGGUUGGUAUUCAAACAAAAUUAGAAAAAGAGAUUCAAAUUUCUGGUUAGGGUUUCUGUUCUUGAAACAAAUGGAAGGAAUAGUUGUAGUUUUUGAUUUUGAUAAAACAAUGAUUGAUUGUGAUAGUGAUAAUUGGGUUGUUGAUGAAUUGGGUCUUACUGAUCGAUUCAAUGAGCUUUUUAAUACCAUGCCAUGGAAUACAAUGAUGGACACAUUGAUGAAAGAAAUGCAUUUACAAGGAGUAACAAUAAAUGAUAUUGUAGAAGUCCUAAAAAGAACUCCAAUUCAUCCUCGUAUUGUUCCUGCUAUUAAAGCUGCUCAUUCUGCAGGGUGUGAUUUGAGGAUUGUGAGUGAUGCAAAUAUGUUCUUCAUCGAAACAAUUUUGGAUUUUCUUGGGAUUAAGGAUUGUUUCUCAGAAAUUAACACUAAUCCUGGUUAUGUUGAUGAACAAGGAAGAUUAAGGAUUUUACCUUAUCAUGAUUUCACAAAAUCUCCUCAUGGAUGCUCCAAUCCUUGCCCUCCAAACAUGUGCAAGGGCAUAGUGAUCAAAAGGCUAUUAACAGAGCAUGGAAACAAGAAAUUCAUCUACUUAGGAGAUGGAAUGGGAGAUUAUUGUCCUUCAUUGAAGCUAAGAGAAAAUGAUCAUGUUAUGCCCAGGAAGAAUUUCCCAGUUUGGGAAUUAAUCUCAAACAAUCUUAACUUAAUCACAGCCAAAAUCCAUGAAUGGUUCGAUGGCGAAGAUUUCGAACGAGUUUUAUUGUCUAUCAUCCAUGAUAUCAUCUCAAAUACUGAUGCUGCUCCUGCUCAAUUCUAUGAUUGCAAGCUUGAGUCAUUCCCAGUUUCUUCUCAUGUUCCUCAAGCUCUUCCAGUACAGAAUGGAAGACAAAAAUGCUGUACUAUAUUGCAUCCAUACAAAUACAAUCAAAGGCUUAUAUCUUUUGGAGCAUCACAAAACAGCAAACUUCUGGGCUCACAUGCCUCCACAAUUUCAGGAUCAAAUCUACUGGCUAUGCUACCUGCACGAUUACAGCUACGUUCACAACUAACAAUGCCAAUUUAAAAAACUCGCAGUUUCAGAUGUAUUUUUUAUUGGAUUCAAAUCGGAGAAUUACAAACAUAAAAGAGAAAAUCAUUGACCACUAGAUGAGUCAUGAUUCUCUAAAAUUUUUACUCUUGAGGCAAUUAUGUCACUCCAACUCCUCUUUAUGCAGGGUUAUUUCUUUUUUGGUUAAAAUUGAUCGCAUUUUCUACUCCCCUCUUUGAAGGGAGGACGGGUAUGAAGUGUUUGUUAUCUUCCCUCGUUUGGACCCUGUUUACAAACGGAAUAUUGGGUUGAUGAUGAUGAUGAUGAUGACGAUGUUUGGUAAUUGGUAUUUAAUGGUGAAAAUGAGAAUGAUCUGUAAUGGAAAUUCUCAUGAUAUGUAUCAUGUCAUUUUCAUGCUAAUGAAAAUUUGAUCACAAAAAAGUUUUUGUACGUAAAUUUCUAUUUCUGUCAUUUAGUACCGAUUACCAAAUGAAUUGUUAAUGUAUUUGAAAUGUGAAUGCACUUCAUUCUGUAAUAUUUGAUGUAACGAAAAGUCGAAAAUAUGUCGUGAGGCGGGCCGGACAAUAUAUGUUGAUUUGUAUGGGUUCAAUUUGUGCAAGCCCUUUUAAGGCUUGUUUGUGCCUAUGUUUGGUCUAGUUCAUGUACCUUGAUGCUAUUUAUGGAUUCUGUCGAAGUGUUUGAAUGCACUUUAUUAUUCUACGUUUCUUAUAAUUUUAUGUUGUUUUAACGCGUUUCAUUUUUUGUAUUUUGAUUUAUCUAUUUCUAUAAGAUUGAUUUAUUUGUUUAUUUAUUUAUUUUUUUGUUGCUACUUGUGUAUUCUUUCUGUUGUUUUAUAAUCUACUAUUUUCUCGGCUUGCAUGUUAGCAAAAUAAGCGUAUAAGUAUUCAUUUCUGUGGAAUUUUCAAACUAGGCUCUCUUUAAAGAUGAUUUUGAGUCUAUGUUUUGAAAAGAAUUUGUUAAUGUACGUAAAACGACAUUACAUAUCUUCUCGAUUUGUGUAAAAAAUCAUUGUACGAGUAUCCAAUUUGAUUUGUUUUCAAACUAGGUGUUCAUAAGGGUAAUCACGAC